GUUAAAUUGACGAUGUUGUGUAAUGAACUAGAGCAGCAUACAGUGAAACAAUCAUGUGCAAGUAAAAAAAUAGCAUAAAAUAUUUACAAUUAUUCACGAAGGGCCUAAUCUUAAAACAUAAAUAGUGUUACUAAAGAUACGAGGUACCAAGGUUUAACCUGGAGUGUGCAUCUACCCCAGGAUGGUGGAGACUGACGGUCGUGUGGCGGCCCUGUCGGUGUCAGUACUGGGGUGUGUCCUACAGGUGGUGGGGCUGGCCACGCCCCACUGGGCUGAGGGCAACAUGUUCAACACUGGACUCUGGGUCAUGUGUCACGUGGGAACCUGUGGGGAGUUGGUGGACAAACCAGACUGGCUGGUCACGUGUCAAGUUCUGUCUGUCAUUGGUCUGACACUCAGCGCUGUGGCUGUCAUUGUCAGUGCUGUCAUAUUCCUGACAGCGUUCACUGACCGCCCCCACAACAUAAACCUGGACAUCUGUCUUUUAGUCACCGGCAUCGCUGCUUGUUUGGCCACGUCAUCCUGUUGUUGUAUUUAUGUCUUGACGCUACCACGGGAAGCUGUUCUAGAAUAUUCCUUCUAUCUGUCGACAUUUGGUGGGGGUGUCAGCCUAGUGGGAGGGGUCUCUGGCUGCAUCAUCAGCAGGAGGUGUAACAACAGCAAGAGUUGAAUGUUGGACUAGAUAGAGGGUGUAACAUAACAAGAUUUGAAUGUUGGACUAGGCAGGGGGUGUAACAUAACAAGAUUUGAAUGUUGGACUAGACAGGGGGUAUAACAGCAGCAAGAUCUGAAUGUUGGACUAGACAGGGGGUAUAACAGCAGCAACAUCUGAAUGUUGGAUUAGGCAUGGGUUGUAUUAACAGCAAGAAUGUUGGACUACACAGGGCAAGAAUGUUGGACUACACAAGGGGUGUAACUACAGUAAGAUCUUAAUGCGUUUGUUGAACAUUUGGCUGGACAAUGUUUGAUUGUUUACAUUUUAGCAGGCGUUUGUUGGAUAUUAAGCAUUAAAAUACUUGAGUGUAUACAUUAUAAUACGCAUGAUAAUUUAUAAGUAUGCGUGUGUGACCACAUACUUUAGACUUUGUAAUAAUGCGUGUCAUGUGUUCUAAUAGAUCACAAUAAAUUUGAUUGGUUGAGAAAGAAUUAAAAACGCCGGGAUUCUAUUUCACUUUGUUUAAUGACUUAAAACAUAACAGUAAUUUGUUGGCAGUAGAUCCAUAUGUUGUAUGCCACUGUAUAACAUUUUAGCUUAACAUAUGUAAUAAAUAAGGAUGAUUUUCAAAUAUGUUUGCUUAUACAAUAUUUGCACAACGUAAUGUGAUUAUGGUACAUUACAUUAAAAAUCAUUUAAAUUUAAGAUGUGGUUUUGUAAUUUAUAUAAUUUCAAGGUUUUGUUUGUAUGAUUGAACAAAUGCUCCAAGACAUUGCUACAUUUUCCAUGUGAUGGUUGACACGUUAGAAUACAUAUGUUUUGAAAUGUGGUGUAAUAUGUGGUGUAAUAUGUGAUGUAACCCAAAAUAUGACUGCGUAUUAUUGAAAACGAUGUGGUU